AUGGAGGGCAUGUAUGUGCUGGUUUUUUGUCUGCUGGUUAGUGCCAUUUUUCAAACACCUUUCAUGCACAUCUCUAACCUUAAAACGUCACUGUGGGCAGCAGCUGUUGUGCAGCGCAAGAUGAAGAUAUUUACAAAGCUUGAAAGGUGUGCCUGUUCGGAAGAGGGGGGAAAUGUCUCCCCCUUCUGCUUCUGUGGCUGUGCAGAUGAAAAGGAAGGCUUUCAACUUCAUUUGCUUCCUCUUUUAAGGCAAGGUUUGUGGUUGUCUGCCUCUCCCUCCCUCCCUCCUCCCCCUUUCCAUUUCGCAUCUUGA